AUGGCGGCUGCGAUUUCUUCACAGAUUGCUCAGUCUGCGACUGUCGUGGCUCCGAUGACGGCGGCAUUAACCGGAGGACCGUUUGCGAAUGCAUCGCUUUACGUAGGCGAUCUCGAAGGGAGUGUGAUCGAGGCACAGCUUUUUGAACUCUUUAGCCCAGUGGCUCCGGUUUUGUCGAUCAGGGUUUGCAGGGAUCAGACCUCGAGAACUUCUCUUGGUUACGCUUAUGUUAACUUCACCAACGCUCAGGAAGCGGCCAAUGCCAAGGAACUACUCAACUUCACUCCUUUGAAUGGGAAGCCCAUUCGGAUUAUGUUUUCUCAACGAGAUCCAAGUGUUCGGAAAAGUGGACAUGGAAAUGUGUUCAUUAAGAAUUUGGACGCCUUGAUUGAUAACAAGGCAUUAUAUGACACUUUUGCUACCUUUGGCUCAGUUCUUUCUUGUAAGGUGGUUCUCGACAGUAGUGGCCAGUCAAAAGGACACGGUUUUGUGCAGUUUGACAACGAAAAAGAUGCGAAGAGUGCCAUCAAACAAUUGAAUGGAAUGCGGAUUAAUGAUAAACAAGUCUAUGUUGGAUCUUUUGUUCGCCGUCAGGAAAGGGCUAGGACAAAUGGAUCACCCAAGUUCACUAAUGUGUAUGUGAAAAAUUUGUCUGAAACAGUAAAUGAUGAAGAACUGAAACAUCUAUUUGGCCCCUUUGGAACGAUAACUAGUGCAACAAUCAUGAAAGAUACAAAUGGGAAAUCUAGAGGUUUUGGUUUUGUGAAUUUCCAGAGUCCAGAUUCAGCUGCUACUGCAGUCGAGAAGUUAAAUGGAACCACCAUCAAUGAUGACAAGGUUUUAUUUGUUGGGCGAGCUCAGAGAAAAGCAGAACGAGAGCAUGAAUUGAAAGUCAAAUUUGAACAAGAAAGAAUUAGCCGAUAUGAGAAAUUACAAGGGGCUAAUUUGUACUUGAAAAAUCUUGAUGAUGGUUUUAGUGAUGAAAAGUUGAAGGAUCUGUUUUCUGAAUUUGGUACUAUAACUUCUUGCAGGGUGAUGUUGGAUUCACAUGGUCAGAGCAAGGGUUCCGGUUUUGUGGCCUUCUCUACGCCGGAGGAAGCAAGCAGAGCUUUGAAGGAAAUGAAUGGGAAGUUGGUUGGAAGAAAGCCUCUGUUUGUUGCUGUGGCCCAACGCAAAGAAGAGAGAAAGGCCCAGUUGCAGGCUCAAUUUGCUCAAAUUCGUGCCACCGCUGGAAUGGCAACUAUGGCUACAGGAAUUUUUGGAUACGGGUCUCCGAGACUUGCUCCUCAACAGUUAUAUUACGGUCAAGGCACACCUGGUUUCAUACCAUCUCAGCCUGCUGGAUUUGGUUUUCAACCGCAAAUCUUGCCUGGAAUGCGACCUGUUGUUGCUCCAAACUUUGCUAUGCCAUUUCAAAGACAAAGAAUAGGUACCGGACGAAAUGGAAACCUCCAACACCUCCCGCAAAAUCAAAUGUUACAAGGUAAUUCAAACCAAGGGUUUAGAUAUAAUCAGCGUUCCAGGUCUACGUCACUUGCAUCAGAUUUAGCUUCUGCUACUCCAGAAAAUCAGCCUAUGAUAUUGGGUGAACAUCUCUAUCCACUUGUAAAACAUGUUACACCAAAUCAAUAUACUGCAAAGGUUACAGGAAUGUUGCUUGAAAUGGAUCGGUCAGAAGUAAUUCAUCUUAUUGAAUCUCCAGAUGAUUUAAAACAAAAAGUUUACGAGGCAUUGCAAGUCCUCCAUGACGAGGCAUUGCAAGUCCUCCAUGACGCGGCAUCAAGAUCUGAAGUUGGAGAUCAACUUGGUUAG